AUGGAGGCGUCACGCUGCUCCGUAAACGUGCUGCCGAGGAUCGUCUGGUGUCUGUUGGUUCUGAACGGUGGCUUGAUACACGGCCGUAGCAUCACCAGUCUCGAGGCGCCGAACGGCUGCGAGUGGAAGAAGGACGGCGACGACGGGGAGAAGUCGCUCGCGUGUAGGGUACGAACUAUCGCCAACGUGCCCGGUCUAAUUGGCAAUCUCUCGGCCAUUCAAGUGGACUCGAUCAGUUCUUUGGCCUUGGAGUGCAGUGACGUGCUGUUCUUCGAGAGCCAGAUCGAGGGCCCACAUGGAUUUCUGUCGCCGUUGCCACGGCUGGAAAAGCUCCGUGUGGAUUAUUGCAAGAUCCGCUAUCUACCAGGCGGUGUUUUCACGGCUGCCCCCAAUCUACGAAGUUUGUCGGUCAGGACGCACAACGGGGAUUGGUCAACAAUGACUUUAGAGCUGCACAGAGACUCCCUGCGCGGUUUGGCCAGUCUGCAACAUCUCGAUCUCGCGGAUAACAACCUCUGGACCCUGCCGUCGGAGCUGCUGUGCCCGGUACGGGGUCUCUCCAACCUGAAUCUGACGCGCAACAAGUUACAGGACAUCGUCGCGCUGGGUUUCUCCGACUGGGCCGAAUCGUGCACGCCUAGCUUGGACGUGUUGGAUCUGAGCAGCAACGAUCUCAGCGCGUUGCCGGAUCGUACGCUGAGCAAUCUACGGACGCUAACGGUGCUGAAGCUGCAAGAGAACGUGAUCGCCGCCGUGGGUGAUCACGCUCUGGCCGGUCUGACCGCGCUUCGAUCGCUGAACAUGUCCAGCAACCGAUUGGUCGCGUUGCCGCCGGAGCUGUUCUCGAAAACCAAGGAAUUAAGGGAAUUGAUGCUCAGCAAUAACUCGUUGACGGUGCUGGCGCCCGGCCUGUUGGACAAUCUGGACGAGCUACAGGUUCUGGACUUGAGCAGCAACGAACUGACGAAUCGUUGGGUAAAUCGCGACACGUUCUCCAGACUGGUCCGACUCGUCAUUCUGGACCUGUCUUUCAACGGUCUGACGAGAAUCGACGCCCACGUGUUCAAGGGACUGUACAGCCUUCAGAUCCUGAAGCUCGAGCACAACAACAUCGAGACGUUGAUGGACGGUUGUUUCGGUUCCCUGACGAAUCUGCACUCGUUGACGCUGUCCCACAAUAGGAUCGCCAGAUUCGAUCCCGGUCACACGAUCGGUUUGACCACCCUCGGUCAGCUGUUCCUGGACACGAAUAAAUUACGAACCCUGCCCCAUCGUGUGUUCGACAAUCUGACCGACCUGCAGGACCUUUCUCUGAGCGGAAACUAUCUGACGGAGGUGCCGUACGCCGUUCGUGUGUUACGAUCGCUGAAGACCCUCGACCUUGGCAACAACCACGUAUCCAGAAUCGAGAACGACUCGUUCGCUGGUCUUACGGAACUCUACGGUCUCCGACUGGUGGACAACAAACUGGAGAACGUGUCCCGCGAGGCGUUCGCCACGUUGCCCGCCCUCCAAGUGUUGAAUCUCGCGAACAAUUACAUCCGUCACGUGGAGCAAAGCGCGUUCGCGAGCAAUCCGGUGCUCCGCGCGAUCCGUUUGGACGGGAAUCAGCUGACCGAAAUCCGAGGCGCGUUCACCAGCCUCUCGACCCUGGUCUGGCUGAACGUCUCGGACAACAAGCUUCUGUGGUUCGACUACAGUCAUCUUCCAGGCAGCAUAGAAUGGCUGGACAUUCACGCUAAUCAGAUAAGCGAGCUCGGGAAUUAUUACAUGGUGCAGAACACGUUGCGUAUAAAGAUGCUGGACGCGAGCUUCAAUCAGAUCGCCGAGAUCGCGGACGCGAACGUGCCGGACAGCGUGGAAACGUUGUUUCUGAACAACAACAAGAUCCGCCAGGUCGCCGCGGGUGCGUUCCUGGCGAAGAAGAGCCUGGAGAAAGUGGUGUUGUACGGGAACGAGAUAAGGAAUCUCGAGGUAGCCGCCCUUGCGUUGGAAACGGUGCCGGAGGACGUCGAGCUGCCGGAAUUCUACAUCGGUAACAAUCCGAUUCUAUGCGACUGCACAAUGGAAUGGUUACCGCGGAUCAAUGAAAUGUCCCGUUUACGACAACAUCCACGCGUGAUGGACCUCGACUCUGUCACCUGCGACAUGGUGCACGCACGAGCAACACCGAAAAGACCUCUGCUAACGCUGAAACCGAAAGACUUCCUGUGCCGAUACGACGCGCAUUGUUUCGCUUUGUGCCAUUGUUGCGACUUCGACGCGUGCGACUGCGAGAUGACCUGCCCGAGCAAUUGUUCCUGUUAUCACGACCACAGCUGGUCGAGCAACGUGGUCGACUGCUCGAACGCCGGCUACAAACACGUACCCGAACGUAUACCCAUGGAUGCGACUGAGAUCUAUCUGGACGGGAAUGAUCUUGGCGAUCUGGGCAGCCACGUGUUCAUCGGUAAACGUCGUUUGGAGGUGUUGUAUUUGAACAACAGCGGUAUCGCGGCUAUACACAAUUGCACGUUCAACGGUGUCGGUGCGUUACGCGUCCUUCAUCUCGAGGACAACGCUCUCAGGGAAUUGAGGGGCUUCGAGUUCGAUCAGCUGGAACGUAUGUCGGAAUUGUACCUCGAUCACAACGCGAUCGCUACUGUUGGGAACACGACCUUCCGUAAAAUGAAGGAGCUCGAGGUGUUGCGGUUGGACAGCAAUCGUAUCGUCGACUUCCGUCCGUGGGAGGCGUUGCCUAGUGUCGGGGACAAGGCGAAAGUCGCGUUGGAGGGUAACGCGUGGAGCUGCGAGUGUAGCAACGCCGCGAAAUUACGGGGAUGGCUGGCAGAGCACAAGGGGGAUCCCGAAAAGAUGUACUGCCGCGACGGCGUCGAGACGCUGGCGCAGGCUAUGAGGCGUUGCGGCGAUCCGUCCACGGAGGCCGUCAGUCGUGGAAUCCAAGAGAUACCUCUUCUAGGUGGUAACUUUGUGCCGCUUUUAGCCGGCGCCUUGGUGGCUGUGAUCGCGAUCUGUCUGUUCGUCGCGUUGGCCUUCGCGUUCCGUCAGGACGUUCGUCUCUGGGCACACGCGCGCUAUGGUCUUCGGCUGGGAAAGAUGACCACGCCGCCGGACGAGGAGAGGGAUCGUUUGUACGACGGUUACAUAGUCUACAGCGAACGGGACGAGGACUUUGUCACCAGGUUCCUGGCAGCUGAAUUGGAGCAAUCUGGGCUAGCAUUGUGUCUUCACUGGAGGGACUUACCGCCUGCCAGGCCCCAAGAAGCGGUCCCACCGGCAGCAGCAGCCGCUAGACGAAUCGUGAUCAUCUUUUCACCGGUGUUCCUGGCGAACGAGUGGCAGCACGCGGAGUUCCGUGCAGCAUUAAGAACUGCACUGGAGAACAUCAGGCCCAGCUCCAGGAAGAGGCGAGUGGUGAUCCUCCUGGCUACCGAGGCACCGGCUCGUGAUCCCGAGCUACAGCUGUUACUUCAAACUUGCACGGUCGUGAUGUGGGGCGAGAAGAGGUUCUGGGAGAAGCUACGGUUCGCGAUGCCGGACUCCGUGGGCAAACGACGGGACAGCAAGAAGGUGAACGACCGAAAUCGUACGCCGGCCCGUUACACGGCUGCACCAUCCGCGGGGGACGUGUGGACCAAGCCUAAUGGCGUUUUGGUCGCACCGGUGCACGCGCCCACACCGACGCCCACGCAGUCCACCUAUGUCAGCUCGGCGUCCAGCAGGACCGAGGACGAGGACAGCGGGGCGGAACAUCAGCAUCAGCAUCAGCACCAGCACAGCGGUUACAGCGCGUUGCACGCUGGUAACGCGCCUCGACCUGCCAGUCUGUCGUCCAGGGGCAGCCAUCUUUACAGCACCAUACCGGAACCACCGGUACCGACAGCACCACCGGGCGAGGUGCUCACGCAUCCGGCGAAUCCUCGUACUUACUUCGUCUAG